AUGCCUAUAACUAGCGGGAUGGAUAAAAACACAAUACUGCCCAGUUUUUCGGUCGACCUUGUAUGGGACACCGAUGACAAAGACAACAUCUUUCAUUCAAAGCAUCCUUUGCCGGGUCCAACACAGCCCAAAGAAUGGUUUUGCGAACCGGGUCAUGUUCAAAUGUCUUGCGAAUGCAUUGAUGUCGUCCACGGAGUCCUGGAUCCUGAGACAAAAGAGUUGGCAACCCUGAUCGUUCUUGACUUCCGCUUUGACGCCCGCAAGCUAUCUCGACGAAUUGCUGAGGCGGAUGUAUUCAUCGAGUUCUGUGCAAAAGAAGAGGGGGACAACGGACCUGAGGUUUUACGAAUAGCACCAGAUGGAAACUGGACACUCCUCCCGACCGAAGCAACGAAAGACGUGGACACCUAUGUCAAUUUAAAUCUACCAAUACCCCUCUACGCUGCGCACGCAGGUUUUGAGGCCGGAUGCAAGCGCUCUAUUCACCAGACCCUCACCAGUGGUAUGAACGUUAUCGGUUCCUGCGAGGUCAGGGAUCGGUCCUGGCUUCCUCAUAAUUGCGCACACUGGACGCUUCUCGAAAAUCCGGCAGUCAAAUCUGGGAUACCAGUGUUCUUGAGAUCAGCAAUACUGCUGAAAAGAGACCACAUGGAGCCUUUCCGGUGCACCGCCCGAGUCAAGGCAAAGGUCGACCUGAUCAGCUCCUUCGAGCGACUUUUCGGCGUCAUCGGCAAAGCAGGAAACAAACACCCCAUUUCUUUCGACCCACGGAUCAGAGCAGGCAAUAAUAUGCGGCCGGUUGACAUGGAGCACAAUCUAGGCGGUCUGAACUUGUUGGAUCUGGCAGAUGUCACAUCAGUGACUGUCUUCGGCAGUGCUCACAAAGAUAUAUAG